UCUCUCUCUCUCUAGAACAGUAGGAAAGGGAGACAUCGGAGAUGGCCACUAACAUCGGAAUGAUGGACGGUGCUUACUUCGUUGGCCGAUCGGAGAUCUUAGCCUGGAUCAAUUCCACUCUCCAACUCAGUCUCUCCAAAGUUGAAGAGGCGUGCUCCGGCGCAGUUCACUGUCAGCUUAUGGAUGCUGCACAUCCGGGAAUGGUACCGAUGCACAAGGUCAAUUUUGACGCCAAGACAGAGUACGAUAUGAUUCAGAACUAUAAGGUUCUUCAGGAUGUUUUCAACAAACUGAAAAUCACAAAGCACAUUGAGGUGAGCAAGCUAGUGAAAGGAAGACCACUAGAUAAUCUUGAAUUCAUGCAAUGGAUGAAGAGAUACUGUGAUUCUGUUAGCGGGGGUGGUAGUCACAAUUACAACCCCAUGGAAAGAAGAGAGGCUUGCAAAGGGGGGAAAGAUGUGAGCAAGAAAUCUGCGCCGACACAAUCCUCCAGGGGUAACACAACUGCGCCUAAAGCUCACCCCUCUCGAAGAGGUGAUGCACCUUCUGCACAGCCAACAGGUCCACCUGUCAAGACCGCUAAACCCUCUUCAGCUACAAACGUCUCUGCAUAUGAUCAACAGAUCACUGAGUUGAAGUUAACAAUGGAUAGUCUUGAAAAAGAGAGAGAUUUCUACUUUGCAAAGCUGAGGGACAUCGAAAUCCUGUGCCAGUCUCCCAUUAUCUCAAAUUUGCCUAUCAUUGAUGCCAUAAAGAGGAUAUUAUAUGCCGCUGAAGAAGAUGCAACGAUCGUGGAAGAAGCUCAAGCAAUGCUUCUUAACCAAGAGAAGCAAGGAGUGUCGUUGAACCCGGUAUCUGAGGAUGUAGAAGAAAACAAAGCAAAAUUGGAAACUCAAAAGCGGAAAAGCAUUGUGAAUCUUGAGGUCGAUGUGGCGGCAAACACGACAUUGUCUCCAAGACAAAGGAUCUCUGAUGCUUCUGAUGUUCAUUGCAGUGGGUCACCUCUUAUGACAUAUUAGUGAUCGAUCAUCUAUUCUACUACCCUUUUGCUGCUACUUAGUUUACUACAUAUCUUCCUGUCUUGAUGCAAAACUAUCUUUCCAUCUUUUUUUUUUAAUUGGUUUUGUUAUACAUAAUGUUUUAGCUACAACUUUUUGGAGAUGGCUUUUUCUCCUUUUGUUGUUCUAAAGGAUGGAGUUGAAAGGGGUUGUGUUUUUGUUGUAUAAUAUUGAUAUACACAUUGCAGCCUUUU